GAGGGAGGGAGUUGAGGGGGUGGGAAUUAUGGUGUGGGCCGACUUUUUUUGCUGACGGUGGUGGGUGUCAAGCUGAGUCCUGGAACAAAGCAUCAAACAGAGUCAGCAAGGUCAGUUCCUAAAAGCCAACACUUUUAUCCAAUGGCAUGGUGGCAUGCUGGCUCAGUAGCUUCACUGGGGUGUAUUUGUAUAUAUAACCCUUCCUGUGGCUGGAACCAGAGAUUCAUUUGGGCCUUGCCAUCUUUUCCUCUGCCAGCACCUCUCUUACAUUCCAUCACUCUCUUCUUGACUGCAGUGUUUUGGUGAGAUUUGAGGGGGUUAAAUGGAUAAUUAAAGGGAUACCUUUAAUGUGGUUAAAGAGGAUCCCUCCUUUUGGGGAACCUAUAUAGUCCCAUAUAAGUUAAGGUGCUGACUGUAGAAUUCAGAAAGCUAGUAGAUGCUAGCUGAAUUUAUAAUUUAACUCAAGAUACAACAGGAGAAUAGGGAAUUUUUUUUUUUUUACAAUACAUAUCACAAGCUGUUAUAGCAAAUGUUUUUGUUUUGUUUUUCAUUUUUGUAACUUUUCAGUAUAAAAUCUAAUGCCGCUCCAACAAUUAUCAACAUCUAAGGUAACGCCUGGAUGAUAUCCUUCUAAAUAGGGAUGAACAUGUACAGUAUAAUGAAUUUUAGAAACUAGAAACCAAGAUUUUUGAUUCUGAAAACCCCAUUGUAUUAGAAAGACACUCUACUAAAUGGAGUGCAUAUGAUUUAUAAAGUACUUUGACGUGUUUAUCAUAAUGACACAUAAUUUGGAGUUUAAAGCUUCUAUCAAAUGUGCAGAUAAUGCAGAGGACGUGAUUGAACAGAAACAGUGAAAUUAACACUAUUCUGUUAAAUGUUGAUAGUUUUAUUACUACAGUUUAAGAGAAGACAUCUUAUAGAUGCAAUUUAUCGAAAAAUCUGAAAAAUGACAAAUUGUUUCUAUCUGUGUGGCACAUGAGAGAUGUGUGAAAUUCACCGUGUUAAGAUUGACUAGGUUUCAAGUAGUUAACUCAAGACUAUCACUUUAUCAUUUGUACAUUUUUGUCUUGUCUGCAUUUAAAUUGUGUGAAUAUAUUAAACAAGCGCACACCAGGCAAUAUGAUGAGAUACAAGGGCUAGUAAAACUAGUGACCUUAAAAUUUACUACUGACUAGUAAAGCCUUAACAACCGAGAGAUUUCCCCUUUUCUAUCAGGGUGUCAAAAUGGUCACAGUGCUUGAAUUUUUUUUAUAUUUUAACCUCUCUUUCUCUUUGUGUCUGCAGCCUCAGCCAUGUCUCAUACCGCUGUUCAGGGAAGUAUUGGGAGCCGUUCUGCCAUGGGGAUGCACACAUACAAAAUAUAUCUGUACGAGUGUGAGAAUUUCCAAGGUCGCAUGAUGGAGUUGAACGGCGAGUGUCGCAAUAUCUGCGAUAAGGGCUUUGAUCGUGUGCGCUCCAUCAGAGUGGAGUGUGGCCCGUGGGUGGGUUACGAACAGCAGGACAUGCGUGGUGAGAUGUUCAUGUUGGAGAAGGGAGAGUAUCCUCGCUGGGACACCUGGUCCAAUAGCUACCGCUGUGAUCGUUUCAUGUCCCUCAGGCCAGUCCGUAUGGAUUCCCAGGAUCAUAAGAUCUGCCUGUAUGAGUGUGCAAACUUUGAAGGCCGUAAGAUGGAGGUUUGUGAUGAGGACAUCCCCAGUCUGUGGUCCUAUGGCUUCUAUGACAGAGUAGCAAGCAUUCAGGUCUCCGGAGGAACGUGGGUUGGGUACCAGUACCCUGGCUAUCGUGGAUACCAGUACCUGUUUGAGUGUGGCCCAUACAAGCACUGGAAUGAGUGGGGAGCCAACCAUCCCCAGAUCCAAUCUAUCCGCCGAGUGCGAGACAUGCAGACACAUCGACGAGGCUGCUUCGAGAUGACUGCAUAA